AUGAAUCAAGGGAGUGGGAAGAUUAAGAUGGAACAGAAACAAGUGGAAAUAGUUAAGCAUAUGAUGAGAUGCAAAGAUUACAAGCAUGCUUGUUCUCAAACCCAGUCUAAUUCUACGCCAGAUGCAGCAUCGUGUGCUCUCCAAGUCCAAGAUCAACAAAAAGAGGAGCACGAAAACCAUAUAAGACAUGAUCUAAAUUAUGAGAUCAAGGAAGAUCAUGUUUGCAUUGUUUGUGGUAUCAAGAAUAGCUCUUUCCGAUGUAAAGAUUGUCAGUUAUGGAUCCAUGAUGAAUGUAAAGUUUUACCCGAAAAAUACAAGCACUACAACCACAAAGAUCACAUCCUCUCUCUGUUUUUCCUUCCUGAAGAAUAUCGAAUCAGAAAACUCUGCUGCGAUAUUUGCCACAAACAAUUGCAGUAUGUCUUUUGGGUUUAUUAUUGUCUCCCCUGUAGAUUCUUUGUACACAUCAAAUGCGCGGAUAAAAAGAUGACUACUGAAGAAAGCGUGGAAUAUUACACCAAGUUCAACAUGGUCCAGCUGCCGGUAGCUAAUGCAGCGGUGAAACUCACUAGCCGAUUUCUCAAGCAAAAUGGCCUCCUAACUAUUCCAGGACCAUCGCAGAUAGUAAAUUUUCACAACGACCAUCAUUUAUUACUUCUCUCAUCCAAAAUAAAAGCGGAUGAUGAGUUAGUUUGUGAUGGUUGUAUUGAGCCCAUUGUUGACGAGUACUAUUAUAGUUGUCAACAAUGCAGCUAUUUUCUUCAUGAUACUUGUUCCCAAUUACCCAAUGGUCUCGAGUUAUCGAAACACCCAAGUCAUGAUGAUCAACUUCACAUAAAUCAUCCCAAGUACUUCUUUUCAGUGGUGAAAUGCAGUGAAUGUCAAUCGGAGACUAAUGGUUGGUCUUUUGAAUGUAGAGAUCAAUCUCAUCAAUUCCUCCUGGAUAUGAAAUGUACCUUCAUUCCUACUUAUAUUAAUCAUAAAGCACAUACGCAUCCCCUUACUCGAAAUCCAAAUACCAUAAAAAUAGAUUCUGAUUGCAAUGCUUGUGGCAAAUCUCUCUCUGGUUCUACAUCAUACUGUUGUAGUGAUUGUCACUUCUACCUAGGGAUCGAUUGUGCUCUAUUGCCCCCGAAAAUCAUCCACAAUUGGGAUGAACAUUCACUUCUCCUCAUGUAUCCCCCUUUUCCUAAAAAUCCAGAUGAUUUCUUAUGUGAGCUAUGCGAAGAGUAUGUACAUCCCAAGCAUUGGGUCUAUCAUUGUAAGAAGUGUGAUCAAUCAUUUCAUCCUCAUUGCAUCUCGCGACUCUCUGAGAAUCGCAAUAUCAAGUUUGGUGGUACAAUUGAGAUUGCGAAGCACCAUCUAAAAUUGGUGGAAAGAGGUAAGUAUGGGUCGCGGUGUGAGUGUGAUGGUUGUAAUAAUAAAUCACUGGAUAAGGAGAACGCGUUGCAGUGCACAAAAUGUGAUGUGCACAUUUGCCGUAAAUGUGCUCUCAACAAUCUGGAGGAUGUAACCACUAUAUCUCCUUGCAACGGAAUUCCUAUAUAA